CCAUUGCUCCCCCCCUCCGCCUCCCCAGCUAGCUGUAACCGGCUAGCCGUGUGGAGUUGACACCCUCCCCGAACCUCGGCAGCGGCUGAGCUGCACCGUCGACAUGGCAAGGAAAUAUCGCAUUUUGUUAAAAAAAGAUGAACAUCUUCCAAGUCGUUUGGAAUGAUAUUCAUCGUGUGAUGUGACCCCAAAUCCACAAUGUGUGAGGACAUUUAAGAACGAUUGAGUUCGGAAGAAAAAAAUCUUGAUUCCAGUGGAAUCUUUCAUAUAUUAUUAUUAUUAUUAUAUUUUUUUCUGUUUCAUAGUUUAUACACAUUCACACACACUCAUCCCACCCACAUCAAAACAGUAAUCAUGCCCGUUCAAGCGCCACAGUGGACAGAGUUCCUGCUAUGCCCGAUCUGCACGCAGACAUUUGAGGAGACUGUUCGGUGGCCCAUCAGUUUGGGCUGCGGACACACCGUCUGCAAGAUGUGCCUGAAUAAGUUGCACCGCAAGGCCUGUCCCUUCGACCAGACGGCCAUCAGCACGGACAUCGAGCAGCUGCCUGUCAACACGGCCCUCUUGCAGCUGGUGGGAGGCCAGGUCCCUAAGGCUCAGCCAGUUUCUUUGAUUACCAGUCCUGAGGACUCUCAGCAUUAUGAGGAAGCCAAGCAGUGUGUGGAGGAGCUGGCUCUCUACCUGAAACCCCUCAGCAACACACGAGGGGUGGGUCUGAGCAGCACGGCUCAAAGCAUGCUGAGUCGACCCAUGCAGAGGAAGCUGGUCACUCUGGUCCACUGCCAGUUGGUGGAGGAGGAGGGCCGCGUGAGGGCUAUGAGAGCCGCACGCUCUUUGGGUGAACGAACAGUCACAGAACUCAUCUUGCAGCACCAGAACCCUCAGCAGUUAUCUUCCAACCUGUGGGCUGCUGUACGUGCACGUGGAUGUCAAUUUCUUGGCCCAGCGAUGCAAGAAGAAGCUCUGAAACUGGUCCUUCUGGCACUGGAGGAUGGCUCGGCUCUGUCCCGGAAGGUGUUGGUUCUCUUUGUAGUCCAGAGGCUUGAACCUCGCUUCCCCCAGGCCUCCAAGACAAGCAUAGGCCAUGUGGUACAGCUCCUCUAUAGGGCCUCCUGCUUCAAGGUGACCAAACGCGACGAGGAUUCAUCCCUCAUGCAACUGAAAGAGGAGUUCCGUACUUACGAGGCACUGCGACGUGAGCAUGACUCUCAGAUUGUUCAAAUUGCCAUGGAGGGCGGCUUGCGCAUCGCACCCGAUCAGUGGUCUUCUCUGUUGUAUGGGGAUCAGUCGCACAAGUCGCAUAUGCAGUCCAUCAUAGAUAAGCUGCAGACCCCAGCAUCCUUUGCUCAAAGUGUCCAAGAGCUGACUAUUGCCCUGCAGAGAACUGGAGACCCAGCCAACCUCAACAGGCUGCGGCCUCACCUCGAACUGCUUGCCAACAUUGAUCCCAGUCCGGACGCACCCCCUCCCACAUGGGAGCAGCUUGAGAAGGGGUUGGUGGCAGUGAAGACUGUCGUGCACGGCCUUGUGGACUUCAUCCAGAACCACAGCAAGAAAGGUGCGGACCCUCAGCAGCCUCCUCAGCACAGCAAGUACAAGACUUACAUGUGCCGUGACAUGAAGCUGAAGGGAGGCUGUCCUCGUGGAACGAACUGCACCUUUGCUCACUCUCAGGAAGAACUGGAGAAGUAUCGAAAGAUGAAUAAACGUCUGGGAGCUCGCCUCCCCGGUUCAGGAAUGCCAGAUGAUGGCCUUCCCCUGGAUGUGGGAGUGACCAGAAAGCCUUCUCCCCUCACCAAUGGGAGCAUCACACCCUCCCUGCCCCAGCUCAUCGCACGCGGUGCAGACAACGUCCCGUAUGAACUUCUGCGUAAGCCCAUCAAGAUGGAUGGAGGGAGUGCUCCAGGAUCACCACCUGAUCUCUUGGACCCUGUGCCCAAAACUGGUAUGUCUCUGCCACCUCAUGUCAUGGCGCACCAAAGGAUGACUGCAGAUCACCUCUCCGGUGUGAAGCAGAUGCCCGUGGUCGCCCGAGGUUCACCUGUGUACCAGCAGCCACAGCUCCCUGAGAUGUUUUACUCUGGGAAUCGCCCCCCACCUUCUGUGUCCCAGUAUGAGACUUCACAAUACCCACCAGGGUAUCCCUACCAACAGCCACCACAAUAUGUCUCUCGCGACUACAUCCGUAACCCUCCACCACCCAAUGAGUCAGGACCUCCUUACCAUGACCCAUACCCUGGUUACGGCCCACCAGAUCGCUCCUAUCAGGCCCCCCACUCCGGUCCUCCCUUUUCCUACCCUCAUCCAACACACUAUGACCGAGGGCGCCAUGGGACCUACGCUGGUCCACCACCACCCCCGCAGCCUUACCCAUCUCAAAGGGAUAGUCUUAUCCGGAUGAGUUCAACGCCAUUGGAUGUUACCUCGGCGUCAGCCGGACAGGCUAACUCACUUUAUCACACAGAGCCCAAUGUACGGGAUAGAUACCCACCAGAUGGCUAUUAUCAACCAGGAGGCCAACCUCAGCCCAUGAGGACUUAUGUCAGAGGGCCAUCAUACAGUGGGUCCCAGCCCAGUCUCGAUUAUUUACACCGCCGUCGCCAGGAGCUGCUAUCCCAACUGGAGGAAAGAAAAGUCAUCUCUCCUCCACCGUUUGCAGCCUCCCCGACGCUUUCUCAUCCCUUUCCCAGCGAUUACCCUCCUGAGUAUGGUGAUGAAAGCACCAAGACCAUUAGGAAAUGCAGAGAGCCAGAUUAUGCCGGCCAGUACUCUCCUUGGUCUUGUGAUACCAUCAGCUCUUACAUUGGCACCAAGGAUGCCAAACCCAAAGAUAUAAUGGGUCCCGGUGCCAUGGAGAUGAUGAAUGUGGAUACUAAAGUUUUGAGAGACCCAUCACUGGAAGCCCCUCGGAGGGGUGCAGAGGUCAAGGAUGAUGACCCCAUUAUUCCGUUUGGUCCUCAACCGACUGUGUCACGCUUUGGUGCCAUCUCCCGCACCUCCAAGACAGGUUACCAGACAACUGGACCUGUCCAAGCCAUGGCUUCCACUCCCCAAAACACAAACUCUAAACACAUGGCUAUGCCUGAAUAUACAUAUGGAAGUCAUCCAGGAUGGGGUGGAGCUUCAUAUCCCUCCCACCAAACGUCCUCUUCCUCUCAGGGAUCCUUCAGUGAGCGCACACCACCCAUGGCAGCCUCGGACAGAGAACAGUUGAAGAUGGAGCUGCAGCAGGUCACCCAGCAGAUCAACCAACAGACGCAGAUGCACAGCAUGGAGGCUGCCAGUAACUCUUUAUUGCUACAGAGAGAAGCCAGCGCCUUGGCUGGCCAGCCUGUGCCCAGCAACCAAGGCCAGGCAGUCACCUCUCAGUCGCAUCAACAGCCCCCUAAGUGGCCCGCAGGGGGCACAAGUGCAGCGACCGUUUCCAGUGAACAGCUAAGCCUGGAGCUUCACCAGGUGGAGAGAGAGAUUGGGAAAAGGACCCGUGAAAUUGCUAUGGAGAACCAAGUGGCCCACGAGGUCCAGCAGUACAAGAUGAAACCUGCAGAGAAUGGACAACCUGAGCACAAGACUCAGCUUGAAGAGAUCUCCCUUGCUCUGGGCGAGGUGUCCAACGGCUCCAACAGUCUGCAAGAAGGUGCAGUGGGCGGGUCCAUGCUGUCGCUGACAAACAAGACGUCUACGUUGAGCCUGUGUUCUGACCCGGUCGCUACCGGGUCAGAAAUGCAGAAGAACGGGGUUGUUCAUUCCUGCUCUUAAGCAGUACACGCUUACACACACACACCCACACACACACACACACACACACACACACACACACACACGCACACACACGUUCUAUUUAGAAGAUGAGCAGUAUCUGCCGUGAUAUGAAUUUUCUUUCUUUUUGUUCUGUGAAUGAGCUUUUUUUAAUGACUUUCCUCGCCUGGAAACCAGGGCAUAUGAUAACAGUUCUUGUGUGUUUUUGGUGUUCCUUCACUUUUCUUUCUCCCUUUUAAACAAUCUAGAUUUAACAUUCAGUAUAUGAGGAGAGGAAUAGGGUGGUGAUGACAGUGGCGCCGUUACUUUCUGCACACAUGCCUCAUCCCCACGCCACAUUUGAUGUAGACGGCAGUCAGGAAUAUUGGUGUGGUGACGAGGAGACAGCAGCAUGCUCCCACAGAGUCCUUCAACAAAGUGCUCGCACAGAUCCAGAUGGUCUGGGAAGGGAAAGCACCGCCUUGGUUGCCACAAGAAGCAUGAUUUUUUUUUUUUUUUUUUUUUUUAAUGCAUUUUUAGGAUUUCAUGCUAUGUCUUUUUUCAUACUUAACAUCACUAUAUUAAAUAUUUAAAUGGAAGCAUUCUGUUUUAAAGAUUGCAUCUUCUUGAUAAGGGAACGAUUGCUUCUUUUCAUGUGGUAGCAGGAAACAUGACAGUAGAAAAAAAGCUUUGGCUGAACGCACAUCCUCAGGCUGGCUGUGUCCUGCGUCAGGGUCAAAGGAGCCCUUUCCCUCCUCAGAGCUUCUCAUCUGGCCACUCACAAAGCCUCCCCAUUGGGAUUAUCUCCUCACUUCUUCGCCUAACUUCUAUGAAGUUGCCUUCCCAUGUGUCUUUUGGGCUUUUCUCUUCCAAUUUGUUUUCAUGCUUUGCGUUGUUGUGCUUUUUGGGGGCCGACUGAAGGCUGUCAGGGACGUAACGUGUUCACUUCCUCCAGUGCUGUCAUCACCAUCACCACAAUUAAAGUUAAAGUUAACCUCAACUUUAACUUUAACUAUUCUGUUAAACCUUCGCUGCUGACACAGCACAAUUUCACAAGUAGGAUGAGCCCGUGUGUUCAUCUGGAUCCCCCUUUGAACCACACCUCCAUCCUCUGGCCGCUGCCCCCACGGCUCCAUUUAUUAGGUCCACUGCUCACUUAUACAUACAAGUAUGUAUACAUACAUUAAUAUACUAAAGCACUAUUAACGUGCCACCUCUUAUUCUACUCGCUCAGCAUUUAUAUUAAAUGAUCUCUACUUUAGAAUCAGCAAGAUAUUUUUUAUUAGGUUCUUUUUUUUUUUUUUCUGUCCACUGGUUGCCAACACAGACUUUAUCCUUUCCCAGACGAAGGACUUCUGUGCGCAUUGACGUGUGUAAUCUUUUGUGUUCAAACAAAGAUAGACUAUGCUUCCCAAGAAGACAUGACAAUUCUGUAACUUUGGGUGGGAAAUUAUGGAGUUUUGUGUGUGUGUGCGUGCGUGUUAGUUUGUAGUUUUAGAAAAUGUACCCUCAGUUAUUUUUUUUUUUGCCCGCAAAUUGUGCUGUACUGGAUGGAGAUGUUAAGGUGUUAGAAAAGUGUUGGGGUUGAUCCGAACCCACCCUAAAGGGGAUACAUGGGAAGUUUACUUAAAAAAAUAGCCUCAGCUCCUCUUAAAUGUUCCCUUUUUUUCCUGUAUGAUCACUUAAUAUUAAAUCCUAAUUGGCAUGACUGAGUGACGUCCUAAUAGAUUUAGUUGAAAGAACACAAUGUAUUUUUAUUUCCUUUUUGGUUUUUCAAGGAAAUGUCAUUGAGCUCGCUGGAUUUGUAGCUUCUCUUUUUUUUUUUUUGGCGUUCUGCAAAAGAAUGAAUAUUUUGACCUCCAAGUCUUAAAUCAACAGUGGCAGGAGAACAUUGACGUUAGUUGAGCUGUUUGCUCAGUCAAGUGCUAUAAACAGUAAACACCUUUGGUUUUUGGACAAUUGACAUGCAAUGUCAGUUGGGAUUACUGCAUGUAGUGAGUAGCAAAAGAAUUGAAUUGAAGGGAGUGCAAGUGCUGCCUACUGCCUGUUAGUCACUUCCACUUUUGACCACUGACCCUGUUACUGCUCUUUGAGGCUCACCUUUUAUUCCCCGACUUUGUGGGCAAAUUCUAAUGACUUUUUUAUAUGAUUACUCCCCUUGUAAAAUAUCUCUUAAAUUAAGGUACCGGUUUGAUUUCAGCAAGAAAAAAAAAGGUUUUAUAUGUAUAUUAUACUCCAUUAAGGAAUGUCUAGAAUUAUCUUCCUCCAAUGUGGAUGUAGCCAUUAUAACGCCAUUUUGACUUUGUAAGAGAAUUCACUGUGUGAAAAUUGGUUUGCAUUUUUGUAUAAUACAAUCUGCUUUUUGUUGUUUUGUUUUUGUUUGUUUGAUACGAGCAGGAAGUCAAACUGGAAGUUUGAAGAGGGGAGGAGAGAAAAAAAGUGAACCUGUGAAAUUUGAGACAGCAAAAUGUAACUUAUGUACUACAGUGAUUCCAAGCUGAGGGGGAAAGAUUAAAUGAGAUUGCUAA